UCGCCGAUAUGAACGUGUUGAUAGCUGCAUCCACAUAAACGACACCAUGCGAUGCGGAGACCCUUAACAAAGCUGAAAUGGCAAUGGUUCGUAAAGCCAACCAGAUAUAACCACCGUAGACCGCUCUUAUCGGUCUUCAAGGCGCGCCUGGCUGGACAGAGGGACAAACAUGAACCAACCUUCGAAGACCCUCAUGACCCUCAAAGCAAGCCUAAUUGUUCUGCAAGACGGGAAGAUCCUUUAACGUCGCCAUUCCGAUAUGAUCGAUUGAACUGGGCUAGUAACGAGAUCCGGUUGAUCAAGAUUCUGCCGGGGAACUCCUCUGUAUCAGUGAAUGACGACGGUCCGAUUGCAUGUGAGAUUAUCAGUGUCUCUCUUAAAGACAAACCACAAUACAUCGCACUGUCUUAUGCCUGGGGCGACACGGCGCUUACGCGCCCCUUGAUACUCAAUGGCAGACUACUCCACGCAACUGCGAGCCUCGACACAGCCCUCCGACAAAUUCGCAAGAUGCAAUUGCAGGGUACCACAUACCAAGACCAAUUAUUUUGGAUUGACGCCCUCUCGAUCAACCAAGAAGACGAGAUUGAGAAGAGCUGGCAAGUGCAGAGGAUGAACGCCAUCUUCUCAGCAGCUCGUUACGCCCUAGUAUGGCUGGGACCGUCUGUCGAUGAUAGCGAUAAGGCUAUGGAGGCCCUCGAGCAUGUGGGCUUGCAAGUCGCAUCAGGGUCAGACCCGCUGGACAACGCCACCUUGAACACUUUCCAUCUGCUAUCAACCAUGUACAACGAGUUCUCACACUCUGUACGAAAGCUCUUAAUGCGAUCGUGGUGGCGCCGCAUUUGGGUGGUCCAAGAGUUUGCAUCUGCCAGAGACGUGGUGUUUCAGUGUGGAGAUGUGCAGAUUGCCUGGCGUCCUUGUAUGAACGCACUAGAAGUUCUGGAAAGAUUUCAAAAAACCUUGGCUGAAAAGGGUUGGAGAGGCAAUAUUGGCGGACAGAAUUACCAGCAGCUGAUGUCCGAGAUCAGUAGCAUAAGCGGAAUACUAAGACUCUUUCGCAUACGGCAGGUGCUUAAGCAGAAUCAAAAGCGCCUUCUGCUGUGGGAGCUUCUCACGCUCAAGCGCUUUGGUAUGCUGUCCUCGGACGACAGAGACUUUAUCUAUGCUCUUACCGGAAUCGCUGAGGAUGCGGGAGCGAAGCAUCUGUACCCAGACUAUACAAAACACGUCGCCAAGAUCUAUACUGAAGUCGCAAAAUGCUUCCUAGCGGAAGGCAGACUACGCACUUUAUGGCUAUGCUCUCAUCCACGUCGAAUUGUAGGGCUUCCUUCUUGGGUGCCAGACUGGUCCUCUACCUGGCAGUCAAAUCGCCGCUACUUUUCUGGAGACUCUGGCUACGGCUCCGGCAGUACGAUCUUUUCAGCCUCAGGAGACUCUCCCCCAGACGUCAGUUUUAGCUCCAGGAACGACCGCAUGGUCCUCCACCUAGAAGGCUAUCGGCUUGACACAGUCACUGCGACAAAAUCCGCUUUCGAUAUGGACCAUACACUUCAGCGCGGUGGCUUCUUCCGGGCCCAACUCGCGCUUCAGGGACGCUACCGCGCCUUUUGGGAACUCCAACGCUCCAGCUGGAAAAACCUUUUCAGGGCCUGUGUGACGGACAUAGAGCCUGUUUGGGGCGCAGAUCUCCACUUCAACUACCGCCGCUCGACGCCUCAGAUGCGGCAAGAGUUGUACGGCGAGCUUGCCCAUGCUACAGAUGAGAGCGGUGGGUUCGAAGCCUCUUGGAGGUUGCCUGCUUCCCGUCUAGACAUAUUGUAUCGCCAUAAUGGCAGGCGGCCGUUCAUCACGAGUAAAGGCCUUUUAGGUCUAGGUCCAGAGGAUAUGCGCAGUGGUGACGUUGUGGUCGUUGUCUCCGGAGCGGAGGUUCCAUUUAUUUUAAGGGAAGCACCCGAAGGCGGGUACGUGUUAGUAGGUGAGGCAUAUGUUGACGGGGUUAUGGACGGAGAGGUAUUAAGCAUGGGACUGGAGAAAGUCACGUUGGAUAUCCUCUAGCUUCCGCAAAGGUUGUCGAUCAUUUGUUCACAAUCUCAAUGGAAAACUUGAGGGGGGUUCACAAAGCGUCUCUGAAGGGAUGCGGAUUGCCCCGUAUGCACGUGAACCCCAGAAACCGCGUGGACAAGUCAUUAGAGUAAUGGUUGGAUUGUUAGCACUCGGGCUGAUGUUUAC